GGAGACGAAUCGAGAGAGGGGAGAGAAAGAACGAGGGAGACGACGCAUAAGAUCCGGAAAUUCGAUCGAUGUGGCACGUACGAACGCCAUUCGGAGACGCACCCUUACGUCGUUCGCCACGAGACAAUUCGAUGUUCACGGGCCAAAAGACAAAAAAACCACCGUUGUUCGUUCUUAAUUUUUACCCAACCACUUUGAACCCACCAUCCACCUUUAACCCUGUCCACUUGUUCUUUCCGUUCAAUUGUUUUUCUUCGAAACGCUCGCACCUGUUGCCUUCGCGCACGCACCCACCGAUGCACGCACACAGCAGCCAGAAAGCAUCCUCGAAAGCAACAAGGGACACGAAGAGGCGAGAAGAAUCGAGGCGAGGGAUCGAACGAUGACGGAAUUGGAAGCGAAGGUAUCCUCUUUGGAAACAUUGUCGAAGGAACAGUCCUCUUGUUCCCCGAAGAGGAUGAAGGACGCCAAGAAUUUUAGUUUGGAGGAUAACGAGCAAGGUUGGAAGAAAGAGUUGGAAACGAAGAACAGAAGAAUAGCCGAGUUGGAGGACCAAUUGAUGGCAUGUAAGAGCGCGAAGAAUAGCGACAACGUAUGCACCCAAAGCUUGAAAUUGAUGGAUGAGGUGAAGGAGGGGAAAGAGUCGUGGAGGAAGGAGGUGAGAGCGAAGGAGGAUCGAAUAUUGCAGCUGGAAGACGAGAUGGAAUCGUUGAAGCGUUUGAUCGAGGAAUAUAAAAGAUCGGAGGAGAACGAAGCUAGAGUGCGGGAUGACGAUAAAGAGAGUUGGAAAUUAGAAGUGGAGGCGAAGAAUCGACGAAUCGUUGAAUUGGAGCAAGAGAUGGACUCGUUGGAGAAUUUUCUCAGGGAACACGCGGAUACGGAAAGUAUACGAGACAUGGAGAUGGUGAUCGAGAGGAAGGCGAGAAGAAUAGAGGAGUUGGAGGAUACCGUGGCUGAAUUCGAGGAUUUUCUGAAACAGAAUCCCGAUGUGAAAGAGCUGCACGAUCUUCGUUGCCAAGUGACAGCUGGAAAUAGACGGAUUCAGGAAUUGGAGAGAUGGAUCCAGAAGAACGACGAGAAUAGAGAGUCUAGGAUCGAUCGGGAAAGAGUGAUCGAGCUGGAGGAAAUGGUCACGCAAUUGGAGGAGUACGUGAGGGAGCACAACGUCGACGUGUUGAAGAGAAAGUUGGAAGACAGGGAGUGCAGGAUCGAUCAAUUGCAAAAUCGCGUUGGAUACUUGGAAAAGGAAUUAUUGAAGGUUGAAGAGGCUCAUCGAGGUAAAGAAACUCAGAUAAAGAAGGGCAAUCAAGAAAAAGAAAUAAGGGCCGAGGAUUCUCUCUCUGCUCAAAUGGUGGAAAAGAAUUUCGAAAAGGAACAGAAGAUGAAGAAGAUGGAGCACGUUAUAUCCGAGAAAGACAACAAGAUACAGGAGUACGAGCAGCAAAUCCUUGAGAACAAGGAAGAGACGACGAAGCUGAGAAAGGAGGUGGCAAGCCUGAAGAAGGAAUUGAGCGAGUACGACGACAUCGGUGUUCUGAAGGAAGAAAUUAGAGUGAGGGACGAGAAGAUUCAACAACUCGAGGACGAAGUAGACUCGUUGGAACGAGCGUUCAGCGAGAGAAUCGAUCUGGAGCAAAUCGAGGAGCUGGUGAACGUGAUCAAGGAGAAGGAAGACAAGGAACGACAAUUGUCGAAAGAUCUGACGGAGAAAAGAUACAAGAUCGAGGAGCUUGGCGAAGCUCUUCGCGAGAGUGUCGUCAUCACGAGCGAAAGUGAGAGGAAAUUGAAGAACGAGGAGAAAUUGAGGCAGGAAGCUCUUCAAAGGAUAACCAAAUUGGAACAGAGAAUUGCCUCGAUGCAAUCCGCUUCGGCAUUAAAAUGUAUCACUUGUCAACCUCUUCUAUCGAAAGUGCAGAAAUACGAGAAGAAACUGAAACGUCUCACGGAAGAGAGAAUCGUGCAGCUCGAAGACCUCCGUCAAAUGAAACGAGAAGCUCUGAAAGCUGCAGUUUCCGAAAAAGACGCCCAUCUAGCUCUAUUGGAACUUUCCGGGAUAAAAACUGCCGCCCAAUCCGAGCAAGCCGAUCAACUGAAGGCAGAUAGGAAGAGGUUACUGGAGAAGCUGAAGAAAGAGGAUGAGAAAAGCAUCGAGUUAUCGGUGGUGGAAUCGAAUCCAACGUGUUCAGAAGGAACGCCACAACUGCUCAUCAAGGUUUUGGAAACGUCCGACGACGACGAUGAAGAAACAAAGAACGAUCGUCGCAGUGAUUCGAGCUCUUCCAGACCGGUUACCACGAAUGGCAACAGUUGUGCUGAUUCAGAGAAGACGUCGACGGAGUCGGAAUCGAGAAACGAUCGAGAACGGGCGAACAACAGAAGCGACAAACAGGAUAGCAGAUAAGUAGACCAGGCCAAUCGUAACGAAUCGUAGAGAAAGCGAAAA